AUGUCACCGAAUUUAUCGGAGGCUCCCCCUGACGGGGAUGAUAUGACGUCAUUAGAGAGGAGGUGUCUGUUAGAAAAUGAAGAGAUUGCUAUUGAAAAUGAAAUUGAAGAAAAUGACUCGGAUUUUGAUAUCAGUCUAACGACUGAUAGAACUAUCGAAAGAAUCGCAUCAUUCGGUCGGGACAACGAAGCGGAUUCUCCAGAUAUUGCGGUAUCAACGACCUCGAGACACGAUCAAGUGGGCGAAUCCGAAGGCUACGGGUCAAUGGACGGGAAUCACACGAGUCCGCGGGGGCCUGCCUCCGAUAGCCAGGAAGCCGGGUGUUCAUUCCUGUGUUGCCGCGAUCAGUGUCGGGGAUGCCUUGAUCCAAGACCGCGGCAAAUUUACGGCCCGGACAACGGAUGUGGUUUCAUUGCAUUCGCCAGUCUCGCCCUUCUCUGCGUGGAGACUGUCAUGUCUCUGUUGCUACAGUCAAGAGACAUGCGGAGGAAGUUGUUUACACCCCUCUACGUCAUUAGCACCGCCAAAAUGUCUCUCAUGCUAAUCACGUCCGUCUUCCUAGCAGAGAUUAGCCGCAGGAAGCUUCAGACCGAUCCGAAAGUUAAGCAGACUCUGUCGGUCGGAUCAAUCGUUCUCAUCAUAUCGGCUUUCAUCAUAUUCUUAUAUCGAGUUAUUGAAGGGGUCGCUGCGCUCGACCUUUUGAUACUGGCACCGAAUUCAACUAAAAUGGACGCACGUUUCAUUGCCGAUCAUGAGUUCACCCUCGAGGUACAAAAUAUCCUCGAUUUCUUCAAUGCAUUACUCUACAUUGCGCAAGCCGCCAUUCAGACAAACCUCGUUUUGAGAAUCCACUGGAUUAUGAAACGGAACUGGCCCGAUGACGUCAUUGCCUCCUCGACCGCAAUGCAGUUUACCACAUUCCUGAUGGCCGCGAACUUCUCCCAGUGGCUCCUCGGGACUGUGGUGGAGAUGAAGUACCCCAAGGUCAACUUCUCGCAAGUGCUGUACUAUGACGAUGCGACCUGGAAGGUAGUAGUCUACGUGUUGUAUCCGUUCGUCAUUUACUAUCGAUUCCACUGCACCAUGUCAUUGGCAAAGCUCAUGCUGUGGAGACGGGAAGUCAAGAACGCUGGGCAGCUGGGCACGCGGAGAGAGGACUUCCUCACAACAUUUGCUUAUUAUUAA